AUGGCAUCAGCAGCUUGCAUUCAUGUUGUCACACAGAGGAUGUAGAUAGAAAUAUUCCAAGAUCAUUUGAUUAUGAAUGUGGAACAAUGAAUAUCACUGCAUUGUUUCUUAAUUAGUAUAGCAAUAUAGCAACAAAUAGAAGCAAAGAUAAAGGCUUGAAAAAAUUUAGCAAAAGUCUUAAUGAAUUACUGAUGUAUUGUAAAUUCUUGGGACAAAAAAGAUGCAUAAGACUGAAUCACUAGUAGCAGAAGAUAUGGAUUCUAAAUUUUUAUGCCAUCAAAAUGUUUUGUUAAUGACAGCAAUUGAUGAAGAAGCUAUUGAAGAUACUGAGAAACUACUAAGAGAGAGUUCGGAGUCAGCAUCAGCUGUUGUAAAUGUUCCUUGUGGAAGGCUACAACUUACAGCAUUACAGCUGGCAGCUACUAAAGGCAAACAUGGAGCUCAACUGGUCAACCUGUUGCUGAUGAAUGGAGCAAAGGCAAAUGUGUCUGAUAAACUGGGCAGAACACCCCUUCACAGUGCAGCCUUAUUAGGCAAUGAAGAGGCUGUGCAAGCACUGUUAAAAGCUGGUGCUCACGUUGAUUCCCAUUUUCAAGUCAAUUCCAGGCCCAAGCAACAGUUGGAUAACCAUUCCAUAUUACAUUCAGACUACAGUGUAGAUGUUGAAUGUAAAGAAGUUACUUCAAGGUUCAAUUUACCUAUUCCGGAAUGUUGGGGACGUACUCCACUACACCAAGCUGUGAAAAGUGGUAACCCUGCAUGUGUUCUUCUGCUACUUCAAGCUGGAGCAAAAGUGAAUGCUGAAGAUGAGAAGGGCACAACUCCUCUUUUACUGGCAGGUGCUGGGGUGGUGCCAGACAACAAGAAUGGUGUUAAUAAAUAUGAGGAGAUAGUAGAACUACUAGUACAGGCAGGGGCUCACGUCAAUGUAUACAACCAGGACACGGGUUCAACAGCUUUGCAUCAUGCUGCAGUGCUGCGCUCUGUGCGAGCCAUGCAGUUUCUGCUGGAUGCAGGUGCUGUACUCGAAGAAGGCAGAACUGAAGGAGGAGUAACAGUACUUCAUGAGGCAGCAAAGGCAGGUUCUGUGGCAAUGAUAGAACUCCUACUAAAACAGGGAGCAGAUCAUUUGGUCAAUGUCAAGGAUAAGACUGGCUGUACACCACUACACAAGGCAGCGUAUGUUGGAGCCCGUGACUGUUUAACCACACUAUUGAGGCAUGGGGGUGACCUGGCAGCUCAGAGCAGCACCAAUGUGUCUGUCAUGGAUGUCAUCUUUUCUCAUAUCCCACGCCCUGUACAUUUCCUCACAGAUAUUCUGAAUGGAAGCAUUAUCCCUAAUGGUGCCUCUGUUAACGAUCGUAGUUUCAAGGCAACACUUGAUUUCAGUGUGUUAUGUCCCUGUGGUCCUGAAGAGCAGAUGGCAGUUGUGACUGCACUUAUGUCUGGUGCGAAUAAUUUUCAGCAAAUACGAAUUCUUCAGCAUCCCUUACUUGAAACAUUUUUGCGAUUAAAGUGGCAUCGUCUGCGAAUGAUAUUUGGCAUGAUUGUAGUGGUGCAUGCUUGCUUUGUGGCAUCUCUAUCAACAUACUGUCUGCUCCUGGUGUACAACAACAAUGAUUCUUCCUUCACUGCGGUUGUUGUGUCACGCCGAGUCCUGCUUGUAUCUGUCUUGGUAUUAUUUAUACAUUUACUGGUCCAAAUUAUGAUGCUGCCACGCCACUAUUUACUUCAGUAUGAGACAUGGAUCAAUCUUGUGUGUAUCCUACUAUCUCUCACCAUUGCCGUGGGUGGAGAGACUACUAACUACAUGAUGCCAUUCCUUCAAAAUCGUGAGCCAACUGAAAGUACAUGGGUGCUACAUGUCAUGUCCUUUGCUGUGUUGCUUGCCUGGACAGAGCUCAUGCUACUAAUGGGGCGGUUCCCAACCUGUGGAUACUAUGCACUCAUGUUCUACCAAGUCCUUCAGAAUGUGAUAAAGGUUCUAUUGACAUUUGGAGGCUUGGUGAUGGGAUUUGCCUUCAGUUUCUGUGUGCAAUUCCAUGAAUCCGGUCAAUUCAGAAACCUCUGGUGGUCCAUAGUCAAGACAGUUGUAAUGAUGAUGGGUGAAUAUGAAUAUUCAGACCUCUUUCCUGAAGAUGACAAGAUGCAGCUGCGUUUGAAGGGAACAAGCCGUAUAAUUUUCCUUGCAUUUGUGGUCCUUUCAUCUAUUGUCCUCAUGAAUCUCAUGGUUGGUCUUGCAGUCAAUGACAUCCAGGAACUUCAGACAGAAGGACAUAUCCAGCGACUGCUGAAACAGGCUGAAUUUUUGGCACACUGUGAGAAAUUGAGUUCUCACCACAUACUCAAAUCAGCAUUAUUUCCUAGUUGGUUUCAUAAAAUAUUCCAUGACAGACGUAGCAUUGAGACCUUAUUUGUGAUCCAGCCAAGUGAAAUCUCAUCUGGCAGGAAAGACUUGUCUUUCACACUCCUGGAAUCAAUUAUUGGAAUUGCCAUUCACAAUGAGCAGAAAUCUGCUGGACAUGAUACAAGAUUCUCAAAUGAUUACCACAGCGUAAACAAAAUCAGUAGUAGAAGUGAAUAUGGAAGUGUGUCAGAUCGAGAUACUGUAGCAUCUCCCAUGAGUUCUGCUGAUCACAGCAGCAUUUUAACGAUGCUUCAUCAACUCCAGCAGGAUAUUUCUGAUAUCCGCCAGGCUCUUCAUUUGGAUGAAGGUAUGGAAACAGUCAUAACUACAGGGAGAGUGGCUGGAAACUUUAAUGUAAGAUUGAAUGAGCGUCAACUUGGCAGCCAGCCAAUGAGUGUCAAUCGGUGGACAAGACCUGUAGCUGAGAUUCAAGAGGCACAGGGCAUACUGCGGAGACUGCAAAGAAAGAAUAACUCACGUAGUACUGUGGUGUAAUAUUGUUAUAACUGGUUCAAGGCAAAAAUGUUAUCCGCAAAUAAGAACUGAAUUGAUGUCUACCAAAUAUCACAGUCUACUAUGUUUCAUAUUUGGGAAUCCCUGCCUGGAGACCAUGUAUGAUAAUGGAGGUUUUCUAUGACUUUUCACUGAAAAUCAGAAGUGAAAGGUCAGCAUUCUGCCUUCAUAUUUGGAAAGCCCAUGUUCAAUUCAGAGCCCAGAGGCCUGAUCUCUUGACUGAAGUUUUUCAGUCUCCCUCAGUCUCUCUAGCCAAUUGGUGGGACUGUAUCUUAAAACAGGCCAUGAUAGUUUUCUCCCAGAUUAUUCCCAAUUCAUCAUUCUAUAUGUCCCUCCAGACAAAUUAUGGAGUAAUACUGGUACCUACUUCAGUAUGUAAUCAUGCAGUCAUUCAAUACUAUAGAGCAUAUGCAGUUUAUAAUUUGCCAUUGUAUAAACACUACUAAAAAAUGGGAGUCACCUGUUUACCGUAUAUGAUCCUUAGCACUAGGCUACUAAUAAUAUCCCCUGAUAUGACUACAGGAAGUAGGAGACUAAGAUUCAGUCCCUAGGGUUCAAAUUAUUAUUCUCCCUUCUACAUCUUGGGCUUAUAAAUAUUAUUUUUAAUUUUUCUUUUCUAAUAUUUUGUAUUUCUUUUUGUCUUCAUUCAUUUGUACAAUGUUAGUUUCAUCAUGUUUUGAUGGUAAUUAUUUUGUGAUCUUCUACAGCUUGCUAAUAAUAUUUCUUAUACCUGAAGUUUUUGUUUUCAUACAUCCUCUUCUUACAGAGUAGACACAGUUUGUUACCAAUAUAAAUCAAUGGGUAAAAUUAGUUUUGUAUAUUCCAACUGUUAGUAUUUUAGAAAGGUAAAACAUUCAACACUGGAUGUUAGAUGUGUGUUUCUGAAGAUAAAUAAAUAAAACUGAGAAAUGUU